AGGGUUGUUCAAUUGAACCGAUUGAUGAGAGCAGAGCAAAAACCGACCCCAAAAAUGGCGUUUCAUAGCUCUCUGCUACUCUCACAGAUUCUCUUGCUUUUCUUGGUCUCAUCGUCUUCGUGGACAUCUGCGACUCAUCCGAUUCAGCAGACCUUCUUUCGUUGCCUUUCGACCAAUUCCAGGAACUCUGUUCCUCUUUCCUCGUACUACACCCCGGGUAAUGUCUCUUCCUUCACGUCCGUCCUCAACUCCACGGCGAACAACCUCCGGUACUUGCUCCCAACGGUGCCAAAGCCCGUGAUCAUCUUCACCCCGCUGUCCGAGGCCCAUGUCCAAGCCGCUGUCAUCUGCUCGAGGUGGCUUGGGCUCGCCCUCCGUGUCCGGAGCGGAGGCCACGACUACGAGGCGGUCUCCUACGUGUCCCAGAUCGAGUGCCCCUUUGUGGUGAUCGACCUGGCCCACCUCCGCGCCAUCAACGUGGACAUCCCCCGGGGGACGGUGUGGGCCCAAGCAGGGGCCACGACCGGGGAGGUCUAUUACCGGAUCGCUGAGAAGAGCAAGGUCCACGGGUUCCCAAUGGGCCUGUGCACGAGCCUGGGCAUCGGGGGCCACAUCACUGGCGGGGCCUACGGGUCAAUGAUGAGGAAGUUUGGGCUUGGCGCCGACAACGUGGUCGACGUCCGGAUGGUCGACGCCAAGGGGAGGAUUCUCAAUCGGAAGGCAAUGGGGGAGGAUCUGUUCUGGGCACUCAGGGGAGGUGGCGGAGGCAAUUUCGGCAUAAUCCUGGCUUGGAAGUUGAAAUUGGUCGAUGUGCCUGAGACUGUGACUGUGUUUACAGUCACCAAGACCCUCGAACAGGGCGCGACAAACAUCCUGUACAAAUGGCAAAAGAUAGCACCGGAGCUGGACGACAGGCUCUUCAUCAGAGUGAUCAUCCAGGCCUCGAGCACUGACCUGACGGCGAACCGGACGGUGACGACCUCAUACAACGCCCUGUUCCUAGGAGACCCGGACACCCUCCUUGGGAUCACAGGCAAGGGCUUCCCAGAGCUGGGCCUGACACGGUCCGACUGUGUCGAAACGAGCUGGAUCGGGUCCGUCCUGUACAUCGCGGGUUACCCGAACACGACCGCCCCGGAGGUCCUCCUCCAGGGGAAGGCCCUGUUCCGGAACUACUUCAAGGCCAAGUCCGACUUCGUGAGGACCCCGAUCCCCGAGACGGGCCUUAUGGGACUGUGGAAGAUAUACUUCGAGGAGGAGGUCCCAUUCAUGAUAUGGAACCCGUACGGCGGGGCGAUGGCCCGGGUACCGGAGUGGGCAACACCGUUUCCACACCGGUGUGGCACGCUGUUCAAGAUCCAAUAUGUGACGGCCUGGCAGGACGGGACCAAGAACGCGGCCAGGCACAUGAGCUGGAUCAGGAAGCUGUAUGACUACAUGGCUCCUUACGUGUCCAAGAAUCCUAGAGAGGCCUACGUGAAUUACAGGGACCUUGAUUUGGGCAUGAACAAGAAAGGUUUCAACAGCUUGAGGGAGGCGAGCUCUUGGGGGCUGAGGUAUUACAAGAGCAAUUUCCACAGGUUGGUUCAGGUCAAGACCAAGGUUGACCCCGAUAACUUCUUUAGGCACGAGCAGAGCAUUCCUACUCAUCUUCGUAUGAAGAAAGGGAAUUAGAGAGUAGCAAUUGAC